GCUCUUCGCCAGAUUUCCCAGAGAACCAUAAGCACUGCUUCACGCAUGCAUAUUGAAAAUAGAGUUCCUGAGAAGCAGAAGCUUUUUCAGGAGGAUAAUGGCCUCCCAGUGCAUCUGAAAGGUGGUGCUAUGGAUUCUCUGCUGUAUAGAACCACCAUGUGUCUUACGGUGUUUGGAACAGCCUAUGCUAUUUAUCAUCUCCUUGUCAGUUCAAUGCCCAAGAAGCAGAAUUGAUUCCAGUUCAGGAUGCCUCAGCGACUAACAUCUCUUUGCUCAGUUCCAUGUGACUAUGGUGGCAGUUUAUGCUUAUUAUAAGCUGCUGGCAUAAUGCUUGGAAUCAUAAUUUAAUUGUAACAUGUAAACUGCAAUCAAUAAAGCAGUUUUUACGUGGUG